AUGUCGGUCAAGACGGAAAAUGUUAAAUGGGUUGAUGGUCUUCGAGGAAUCGCAUCCCUCCUCGUAGUCGCAACCCAUAUCGCACGAGCCUUUGAUCCCGAUCUCUUCCUCCCCAGUUCCGGCGAAGGACUCCGUCCACGACUCCUCCAACUUCCCAUCCUGCGCAUUCUCCCUCAAGGUCGCAUUGGAGUCACGAUUUUCUCCCUCGUCACUGGGUACGUCUGCGCCCUGAAACCCAUCCGCCAAUGUCGCGCGGGUAAUCAAACGGCAUGCUUCAAUACGAUUUCUCGCUCGGCGUUUCGUCGGGUGCCGCGUCUGGUUUUGCCCACGACCAUUGCGACGACGAUUAUUUGGUUCCUGUGUCAGUUUGGGAUUUACAAGGUGGCCAAGAGAUCGGAUAGUUGGUGGAUUGAAGCAACGAGUCCGGAUAUCACGCCGUAUUUUGGAGAUGCCGUCAAGAGUUUGUUGUAUCAUUUGAUUACGACGUGGACGCGCGGCUGGAAUAUUUAUGAUGGGAAUCAGUGGACUUUGUUGCCGUUGUUGAAGGGUGCGAUGAUGGUUUAUGUUUUCAUGUUGGGGACUGCGGCUAUGAAGGCGAGGUAUAGAAUGAUGUCUAGUAUGGCAUUGUUUGUUUAUUUCUAUGUGGCGAAUGAUUCUGCAUUCGGAAUGCAAUUCUUCUUUGGAACAUUUCUCUCAGAUCUCUCUCAACAUCCACCCCACAUCGAGUGGCUCAAAACCGUCACAUGGCCCCGCUAUUACCUGGCUCCCUCACUCAUUGUCCUCGGUUUAAUCUUUGCCUCAUACCCUGAAGGAAAACCAGAACUCCAAGCCUGGUCGCAAUCCCUCUAUAAUCUCUCACUCUGGAUCUUCCCCAAUGAUCCUGAUGUUCCUCGUUUCUACUCGGGACUCGGUCUCGAACUUAUCGCGCUAGGAAUCCAUUUCUCCCCCCUGUGUAAAGAUUUCCUCGCGAAUAAAUAUUUACUCUGGUUUGGCAAAAAUUCAUUUGCGGUGUAUUUGAUUCAUGGAACGCUCUUGAGAACGUUGUUGAUUUGGAUGUUGUAUGGGGUUUCGAUGCCGGAGGAUUCGGUGAAUGAGAAGGGGGAGACUGUGAGGGGCGUACUUCAUAUGUGUGGAAGGUUUAGGUGGUAUAGCAUGUUGUUGGUUUGGUUUGUGAUUUUGUAUGCGAUGGCGAAUGCUUGGACGAAGUGGGUGGAUCCGUGGUGUGGGAAGGUGACGCAGAGGUGGGAGAGAUAUGUUUUUGAGGAGGAUGGAGCAAGAGAGGUGGUGGUGGAUGCGAGGGGGAAAAAUGAGGGUGCGGAUAAAGGAUUGUUGGGUUGA